GGUUGUUGUUACGUUGAACCACAAUUUGAACAGACUUCCCCAAAUACAACUUUUCUCGACUUCUCUCUCUCUCAAAUCCAUCAUCUUUACCCGAAUAAAAUAGAAGUUUAACGUUAUUCCGUAGAAUACGCAUAUACGUAAUGGCAAAUAUAAAGAACGAAGUAAAAACCGCAUUGGUGUUGCUCGCCGAUGGAACGGAGGAAAUGGAGGCUGUGAUAACUAUCGACGUCUUACGGCGCGCCGGAAUCACAGUUACAGCAGCUGGUGUACAGGACAGCAAUUGCGUGAAAUGCAGCCGCGACGUCAAGAUCUGCACAGAAUCUCUAUUUAAGGAUGUUCAAGAAAAGAGUUACGACGUUGUUGUUUUGCCUGGUGGUCUCGGUGGAGCUAAGACGUUUACAUCUUCGGAGGAGGUUGGGAGAUUGUUACAAAAGCAGGACAAGGAGAACAAAUUAAUAGCAGCUAUCUGUGCAGCUCCUACAGCUUUAAAAGCGCAUAACAUUGGCAAAGGAAAACGAAUUACCUCUUACCCAAGUAUGAAAAGAGAUCUGUGUGACUACUAUGACUAUCAGGAUGAUAAGAACGUGGUGAUUGAUGGCAAUCUCAUAACUAGCCGAGGACCGGGAACGGCUUUUGACUUCGGACUAACUAUUGUUGAGAUAUUAAUAAAUCUUAAAGAAGCCACGGAUGUCGCGAAUAAGUUACUAUAUAAAUACGAAAGCUGUAUAAACGCUGUGUAAAUUUCUUCAGACAUUUUGUAGUUAUGGCUAUAAAGUGUUGAUGUGUAAGUUUUUCCAGCAAUGAAAGACACAGUGUUACUGUGUCGCACUAUAUACAGUCAUACACUGUGCAACACAGUAUUGACUGAAACGUUGCUUAGCUUUUUUAUUUCACCACCACAGUGAAAUAAAAAAAAAGAUCUCCUAUAUCUAUAUCCGAGUAUAAUCUUAAAACCUCUUAUUGGAGUAUCACUUUUAGAAAAACAACUAAUAAAAUAAGUAAUAAAAAUUUGGAGUUCGUGAAAUGAUAUAAAAUGGUACAGUCGAACACAAUAUUUUAAUAGCGUACGUUCGUGUCGAUUUGUAUCACAAUUGGAAAAUACGUGAUCGUACAUGUGUCGCCUAUGUUCAUUGCUGGAAAACAAAAAUAUUUAUAAA